CACAGACACACACGUUAUGGCAACGUCAUAUACAUAGUAUAUGCUAUCAAAUACUGUGUCUAAUUUCCAAUUCUUGUUCUCUUCGUCGCUUCAAAAUUUCAACAAAAAUCAAAAACCAUGUCCAGACGACCUCUCAAAAAUGAGUUGCCUCGGGAUGCGCAUGUGGUGCAGGCUUUGCGUCGCGAACUUCAUCGCAAUUCGCGCCAGAUUACCCAAACCUUCUGGCAGGAGUUUGAGCAGAUACGCCGUCACCAGCGCAAUCAAUUGUCCCAGGAGCGUGCCAAUCGAGAGCGUAUUUCCAUAUUGAUGCGCGAUGCCAAUCUGGAGACACAGCGGCAAGCGGAAGCGCUUAGCCGCAGCAUCAGUUCCCAUGGCGUUAAUCCGGUUGCGCCAUCGCCCCGCAUGCGCCGAGAGCCACCAGCCAUUAUGCCCACGGCGGCGGAGAUUACGCAAGAGCUGCAGAGCUCGCCGAUCUUUAAGCGCCAGAGGAGUUCAGUCGAGUCGAAGGCGUCGUCCGACGGCCCGGAUCGGACGCCGUCUUCGAAGUCUCCAUCCGAGCAACUCCCUUCAACCUCCUUUCAACUACCCCGUGCUCCGCCCUCAUCCAGGGUAACCAUCGAACCGGGCACGCCUAACAUGAGAACUCCGCCCAGGAAUAGUCCAAACAUAUCCAAGCUGCAGUUGGCCAGCAAGCCAAGGAAGUGACAAGCAGCCAAGUGUAUUUGGGACACAUUUAAGAAAUCUAAUUUUGAGCUCAAUUUUAAGAUGAUAAAUGACUUUAGAUUCCAGCUUAAGUUGUAAUAACUGAAAUUAGUUGUCAUUGUUGCAUAUGCAUUUUCAAAUUUUUAUUUACCAACUAAUGAAAUUUAUUGUAAGAAUACGUGUUAUACAUAUACCAGCGGUUACUAUCCA